AUUGAAUUGAUGCUUUAAUUUUGAUAUAUAUUCAAGCAGCUAGAAGUGGUGAAAGCUGAUCUAGAGAGAAUAAGCAGUGAGAAUCAAGCCCUAAAGAAGAUGUUGCAUCAGGUGACGGACAACUAUAGUAAUCUUCAUAAGCAAAUGAUCACCUUGAUGCAACAACAAAAGAACGACAAUGGAAAACUAUUGAUACAACAAGAAAACAACAACAACAACCACAAAAACAAUAACAGUAAUAACGACUCCUCUAGUAAUGGGGAGCGGCGAAAGUUGAGGCCAAGGCAGUUUGUGGAUCUGUCUGGCAACUGGAACAUCAAACGAAGCCGAUGAAACUUAUAAUAACCACUUGCCCCGCGCGGUGGAGAGAGCUUGUAGAUCGUCAGCAUCUGGAGAAGACAGCCCCGAGAAGGGGUCUUCAUCAUCUGGUUGGGGAGCCAACAAGGUUGCGCCGACACUUGAGGAAAGUGGUUGUGAUCAGGCUGCAGCCACCGAGGCAACCAUGAGGAAGGCCCGUGUCUGCGUUAGGGCUCGAUCCGAUUCACCAAUGAUCACAGAUGGCUGCCAAUGGCGUAAGUAUGGUCAGAAAUUAGCAAAAGGGAACCCUUGCCCUCGAGCAUAUUACCGGUGCACCAUGGCGACCGGUUGCCCAGUUAGGAAGCAAGUACAGAGAUGCGCAGAAGACCGAACAAUUCUGAUAACAACCUAUGAAGGGAAUCACAACCACCCAUUGCCGCCGGCCGCCAUGGCUAUGGCGUCCACAACCCAAUCGGCGACGAAGAUGCUGCUUUCCGGAUCCCUGCAAAGCGCCGACGGCGUAAUCAUCCCAAACAUGUUAGCCACCGCUUUAUUCCCGUGCUCGUCAAGCAUGGCGACAAUCUCAGCCUCUGCCCCAUUCCCGACCGUCAUGCUAGAUCUAACCCAAACCACAAAUAAUAAUAACAGUAAUAAUCUACUCCAAUUUCCACCGCCAUUGACGCCGCAGGUUUUUGGGCAAGCUUUAUUUUCGCAGUCGAAAUUCUCAGGCCUGCAAUUGUCGCAGAACAGGGAAAAUCAGAACCAAAUCGCAGGAUCUGAUGUCACUGCUCGGCUUCUUGAGACGAUCAAUUCCAUGGCUGGCGACCCGAACUUCACGGCUGCUAUAGCAGCCGCCAUUUCUUCCUUGAUCGGAAAUUCAUCAGAUCCGGCCAAUGUUACAAAGUCCAACACCAACAAUAAUGGCAGUAACAAAUCCACCAAUUCUGGUGUUCAAGCAAAUUAAAUUUGAUAUACAAGACUGAGCUCUUUUACUUAUUACGUUGUAGCUUCGAGUAGACUUAUGGAGAUCGUACGACUCCUUGAGUCGGUAUUGUGACACAUGUAAGGACUCCACUUAAAAAUGGAGG